AUGGCAAAAACUUUCUGGAGAAUUUUAUUCGCCGUAUCCUUGAUGAUAAUAUUUUAUUAUCUAUUAUGGACAACGACUUAUGUACCUCCAAGAAAACCACAAUCUUUGAAUCGUACUCUUGGUUUUGACCAUAUUUACGUCGUUAAUCUUUUAUGGAGGUUAGAUAGACGCGAAAGGAUGGAAACCUUGGGAAAUGCACUUGAUUUAGAUUUCGAAUUUUUUUCUGGCGUUUCCAAGUAUGACUACAGGGCUCUCAAAAACUAUAACUUUAGUAUGUCAAUUGACCAAAAGGCUUGCUUUGCCAGUCAUUAUGAAAUCUAUCGGUCAAUCAUCAAAAGUGGAUAUCGUAAUGCCCUGAUUUUGGAAGACGACGUAGAUAUUGAACUCAACAUCACAUCGGUAAUGAGUGAAAUCCACCAUGUUUUACCUCAAUAUUGGGAUUUACUAUACAUCGGUCAUUGCUCGAAAGAUAAUUCUAAACCUCUCGAUAAGGAAAGCACCUCUGCCUUUAAGCUGUACCAUUCCGUUUCGCCAUAUUGCACACAUGCCUAUGCCGUUUCAUCCACGGGCGCCCGGAAGCUAGCGGAGUUAAUUGUUCAUCCACAUAGGCCGAUUGAUUUAGAAUUGGCAAGAUGGAUUCGUAAAAAGAAAUUGAUUUCAUAUAGUGUCAGUCCAUCAGCCAUUAUACAGUGGAAGUCAAAAUAUAAUCCAUCAGAUAUACCUCGUAGCGGAAGAACGAUCGGAUAUCGGUUGAAGAACUCUACCCUGAAAUCUCUUGGAUAUAAAAAGAAUAUUAUUAUUAACUAA